AUGGCUCGAUACUCCUACCAGUUUCCAAAAAGAGAAAAUCUUCUCCGUUUUCAAAAAGAAGAGGAAGAUAAUCUCUUAAAGGCCAUCCCCUUGUUCUGCUUUCCUGAUGGGAACAACUGGGCCCCUCUGAAUGAAUAUACAAGUGAAACAUUUUCGUUUGUCCUGACAAAUAUUGAUAGCAGCAGGAAAUUUGGCUACUGUAGACGACUUUUGCCUGCAGGGAAAGGAUCUCGUCUACCAGAGGUUUACUGCAUUAUCAGUUGUCUUGGCUGCUUUGGAUUAUUUGCAAAGAUACUUGAUGAGGUUGAGAAGAGAAGGCAAAUUGCUACAGCGGUGAUAUACCCAUUUAUGCAGGGGCUACGUGAAGCUACUUUUCCAGCUCCUGGGAAAACUGUCAAGAUAAAGAGUUUCAUUCCAGAAUCUGGGACAGAGAUAAUUGAACUAACACGGCCUCCAGAUUCCCGACUGGAACAUGUUGAUUUCAAAACACUCAUUGGGUGUUUAAGUUGCAAAAAUAUAUUGAAAGUUUUUGCCUCUGUUGUAUUAGAGAGGCGAAUUAUAUUUAUUGCACAGGAUCUAAGCAUUUUAUCUCAGUGUAUACAUGCUGUUGCAGCUCUCCUCUAUCCUUUCACAUGGGAACAUACGUAUAUACCUGUCUUACCAAAGGUUUUACUGGACACAGUGUGUUGCCCAACGCCUUUCAUGGUGGGGAUUCAAAAUCAGUUUCUAAAUCAGGUUUUAGACCUGCCCAUGGAAGAGGUUCUCUUGGUAGAUUUGUGUAAAAAAGAACUCCUGAAAACGGUUGGAGAUGAAGAUGAUAUAUUACCUACAAAAUUGCAAGAUCAGAUGCUCUCGUCCCUGAAGACGCAACAAACUAAAGAACAGACAUCAGACGAGAUAAAUAAGACCAUGUCUGACACGUUCAUGCAGUUCUUUGUAAAGACAGUGGGGCAUUACAGCUCUCAUUUCAAAGAACAGAAAGGAGGCAAACGAGUUUUCCAAGAGAAGGCCUUCGUAAAUGCUGUGCACUCAAAGAGCAUACGCAGGUUCCUCAAGAGUUUUGUCAAGACACAGAUGUUCUCAAUAUUGAUACAGGCAGCUGAAAAAAACACCACAAUGCCAAAAGGAUAUUUUCAGCAGAAGGUUCAAGAAUUCCACGAACUGAAGAAAUCAAAAUAGAUAAAAGAACUUUAAGUGAAUCUGAAGCAAAGGAAUCUGUGAAAUUGCACUGUAAAUGAACUCCUGCUUGCACAACAAACAUACUAUA